AUGCCGAGCUCAGCUAUCAUCCACGCCGCGUGCUUCGCGGUUGGUGCAGUAGUGGGAGGGGGUGUGGUCAGCGCCGUGGCUUCUAGGAAGAGGCAAAUCCCUAUAAGUACCACCUCAGCCAACACGUCCAUAGCUCCUCCCAUAAUUGAAAUGGGUCAGAGUGGUGGUGCGAAACUCUCGAGUGCUGUUUCAGCCUCUGCGCUGUCAUCCCCGGUCUUAAAAUACGGUCACCCAGGUCCUGUACCAGACCUCUUGGUUCGCAAAGCGUAUACAGCUGCGUAUGACCGGAGACUGAGGCACCCGGCAUGGACUGCAGAGCAUCUUACUCUCGCAUCUUUGGGCAAAUCCACUCAGCAGCGUCCCUCAGGGGACGGGUCAGGAGGCGACCGCUCAAACUCGACGUUCGCAGAGGAUGAAUCCCUCCCGGCGAUGUUCCGCGCGAGGCUGCAAGAUUACUUCCGAAGUGGGUAUGAUCGUGGACAUAUGGUUCCUGCUGCAGACGCCAAGCUCUCUCAGGAAGCUAUGAAUGAAACGUUCUUACUGUCGAAUAUUGCUCCUCAAGUCGGCGUUGGCUUCAACCGCCAUUAUUGGGCGUACUUGGAAGACUGGUGUAGACGCCUCACAGGGUCUUUCUCUGAUGUUUACGUUUUUACAAUCCCGUUGUAUCUCCCCCGCAAAGAUGCAGAUGGUAAAUUCCGCGUGACGUAUGAACUUAUUGGUUCCCCGCCGAACGUCGCGGUCCCGACACACUUUGCCAAAGUGGUGUUGGCCUCGAGACCUUUGUCACCUUCAACGCCAGACGCGCUAGAAAUUUCUACGGGCGCGUUUGUGCUCCCGAAUGCCAUUAUUCCUGAUGAUGCGCCUCUAGAGGGUUUCGUCACGCCAGUUGAUGUCGUAGAACGUGCCGCUGGCCUCAAUCUAUUCUCAGAUGCCGUAAAAGCCAAUUCCAAGCAUAUCUGCAAGAGCACGAAAUGCGAUGUGGUGGUACGCAGAUUUGAUGAUGCACAAAAGCGGCCAGAUAUGCGUCGGGCUAUAUCUGCCCCCAAGUAAUAGAGCACCAGAUAUAUCGAUGGGUAGAACAAUAUAGGGAAUAUACGUUAGAAAUCCGACAGCAUAUCUUUGAUGCUUAACCAGUAGUCCUCAUCCACCCGUGUCUUUAUCUCACCCUUGGUUAACCAAGCAAAGUCUUGUGCACGCGUCCGGUUUGGGCGGACUUGACCAGCCAUGAUAUGUGCUUUAUAGAAAAAGACCACAUCCUGC